AAGAGGGAAUCUCGGCAAGGAAGUCGAGAAAUCGAUCUUCCUUCAAAGAGGAAGUCUUCCCUUAUAUCAAAGAAUGUCAAGCAAAGAAAAGUAGGAAGUAUUCAGAAUGCUGGUUCAGAUGGUGGAAAGCAUGCAAACAAAGACCCUGUAAUGAAAUGGUUUCUUUUUCAGUUUUAAGUAUGGGUUCGAAAAGAUCUAGCUGUGACAGGGAGGGAGAAGAUAUACCGGUAAGCCAAGCUAAGAAACGCAUGGGCAGAUUUUUGUAUGAAAUGGGCACUGAUUUUAGUGCUGCAACCCCUACAAGCCCUUGUGGAAAGAUUAAUGGUAUCCACAGUUGUCAUCAGGUCGAGUAUGAGUUUCUUAGCCAUCAGGAGUUGAAAGGUUGGAUCGUUUGGGAUGAGGUGAAAGAGAUGCUAGAUCAUGUGCAUGAGAUUAUAGAUACAUGCGCAACCACAGGGUGUAGCAUUGUAGUAGAUGGGUGGAAGGAUGAGAAGGGAAGAAACUUGAUGAACUUCAUUGUUGAUUGCCCUCGGGGUCCAAUUUGUUUUAGAUUAUGUGACAUUUCUACCUUGUCUGAUGAUGUGGAUGCCUUGGUGUUGUUGUUUGAACAAGUUAUUGCAGAGGUCAGGGUUGAAAAUGUUGUGCAAAUCGUCUCCCAUUCUGUGUCAGAAUGUAUGGCAGCUGUGGGCAAUAGUUUGAUGGCAAGUACCCAAUAUUGUUUUGGACAGUUUGUGCAUCUCAUUGCAUAGAGAUGAUAUUGGAGAAGAUUGGGAUGAUGGGCACCACUAGGGAGAUAUUGGAUAAAGCGAAGACCAUUACAAGGUUCAUACACAGCCAUGCAAUGGUUCUGAACCUUAUGAGGAAUCAUACACUUGUCCAUGACCUUGUGAAACCCUCGAAGAGCAAGCCAGCAAUCCCAUUUUUGACUUUACAAAAUAUAGUUUCAGAAAAAUGGUGGCUGGAGAAGAUGCUUAUCUCAUCUGAGUGGAAGACCUCUUGCUGGGCUUCCAGGAGAGAUGGGAAGGGGGUAGCUGAUAUAGUGGUGGAUCCCUCUUUCUGGAAUGGAGCUGAGACGGUUCUAAAGCCAACUGUUCUUCUGGUGGGUGUGCUAUGCUCGAUCAUUAGGGGUGAUAAGGGUUGCAUAUAUGAAACAAUGGAUGCAGUGAAGGAAGAUAUUGCAGUGGAAUUUGAAAAUAACGAAUCUCAAUACAUGCGUUUCUGUUCCUCUAGUGGGUGUUAAAGUACAAACAUGCUACUGACCAUAUGUCAUUUUGGAUGCGCCCAUCGGGUACCAUACACUCAAUACAACAGUUAAUUUUUCUAUCAAAAUUAACUUCUGUAUUGAGCUUAUGGUACCCAAUGGGCGCAUCCAAAAUGAGAUAUGUUCACAGCUUGACCAUUAUUUUGAUUUUGGGAUGGGGAGAGCCAUUGACAGAAGAAAUGAUAUUCAUCCAGGUUAGAGAAAAAUAAACCCUUUGAUUGUCCAGUUCUGCGCAUCCGAAAUGGAACUAUUAGAUGAGUUGCUAUUUACAUGUAUUGGAAGUUUUGAAUUAAUUCCAUAAUUUUUAUAAAUAUUAUCUUGUAUAGCUA